UUCUCACCAGCACCACCGCCAUGUAGCUCUCCCGUGGAUGUGGCUUUCAUCCUGGACUCUUCGGGCAGCAUUGGAAGAACAAACUACCUUAAGCAGAAGGAAUUUGUCAAGCAGGUAGCCAGGAGUUUUGGCGUAGCACCAGGUCAGAGUCAAGCAGCGAUGGUCCUAUACAGUAGCACAGCUUCCGUACAGGCUCGAUUCGGACAGUAUGCAACCGCGGAGGAGUUCGCCAAAGCUGUAGACGCUCUACCUUACGAGAGGGGCCGGACACGAAUCGACAUGGCCUUGGAUCUAGCAAGCACGGACAUCUUCCCUGCAGCGAGGCCGGGCGUGCCUAAGAUUGCCAUACUAAUAACCGACGGCAAGCAGACGCAAGCAAAGGACGCCAAGGACUUGAAAGUGGCCUCUGAUCCCUUGCGGAAGGCAGGCGUUCGCGUCCUAGCCGUGGGUAUUGGCUCCGGUGUGGACGCAGAUGAACUGCGAUCGAUAACAGAGACUGACGAGGAUGUGGUGGUGGCCGCAGACUUUACAGACCUCAUGCUGAAACUGGCCAACCUAACCAGCAGAGCUUGCGAACUGGCCGGUAAGUAUCAUUUGUCUUGUCCUUAG